AUGUACAUAGACUAUGAUAAACUUACUCAUAUAUUGUAUGCAUUUGCAAAUCUUAAAAAUGAUGGUGAAGUAUUUUUGGGUGACCCGUGGUCUGGCACAGAUAUUCGUUUUGAGGGUGAUUCACAGGAUGAUAAUGCAAAGAAUUUGUAUGGAAAUUUCAAACAAUUGUACUUGUUGAAGAAGAAGAAUAGACAUCUUAAAUCCACUAAUUUCUCGGCUGCUACUUCUUCUAAUAAAUCUAGAGAAAAUUUGGUUGAUUCUGUGGUCAAAUUAAUGAAUGAUUUGGGUUUAGAUGGAUUAGAUAUUGAUUGGGAAUAUCCAAAGAAUGAGGAAGAUGCCAAUAACUAUGUAAAUUUACUCAAAAGAUCUUAG